ACAGAGCAGAUUCUCACUGACCAUCUUUUGCUCCUGUUUUUCCCCCCUUAAAUUAGUCUGAGCAAAUUUAUAAAAAGUCCUGAGAUGAGCAGGAAAGUAGACAACUGCAGCCUGAUGGGUGCUGAGAUCCCAUUUUCAUCCGAGUUCUUUAAAGUGAUUAAAAACGAGCUGUGGUUGUACCUCGUCCCGGCUGCUCUGGCUGCCCUGCUACUGGCUCUGUUCCUGGAGGAGGUUGGCUUCUUCCUCCGCCACAUGCCUUCAUCCAGACGCAGGUGCCUCAGCCUGUGGAUCCUGGGCAUGUAUCCGGUCUUUGGCAUGACCUCCAUCAUUGCACUAUACGUACCUCGGUCCUCCUCGUUGUGCAAUUUUAUAGCUUCUUUAUAUCACUCCAUUACUCUGUUGAAGUUCAUGGGACUUAUAGAAAGCUUCUUUGGAGGGAAGGCCCGAAUGUUUGAGGUUCUGGCAGGGGAACAGGUUUCUCCUGACCCUUUUCCCUGCUGUUGCUGCUGCUGUUUGCCCCUCAUUAACAUCAACAGGACAAGUCUGGGAUGGAUGAUGGCUGCAGUUCUCCAGCUCUCUGUGGUCAGAACUCUUGUGUUCUUCAUCACCCUUGUCCUCUGGACUGAUGAACAGUAUGACUAUGGUGAUGUUGAUUCAGUUGAUCCAAACAUUUAUGUAAAUGCAAUCAUUGGCGUGUCCACCUUCCUGUCCUACUACGGCUACCUGCUGUUUUACAAGGCAACCAAGAGAGCGCUGCACGGCUAUGGGCUUCGAGCCAAAUUUGUUUGCAUCAUUGUUGUCUUAGUCCUGUGUGGACUUCAGAAUGGAAUUUUGGAAACUAUGGGGGCAUUAAAAGUUGUGCCCUGUGCACCUCCAUUCUCUGCUCUGUUUCGCUCUCAGCUAAUCUAUCACUAUUCAGUCAUCGUGGAGAUGUUCUGCAUCAGCCUCUUUGCUCGCAACAUAUUCCGGAAAGUGGAGCCCAGUCCAGAGGAUGCAUAUAGCCUUGAGGAAGGAAUCAUGAUUCACAAGGCCAUUCAAACAGAAGCACAGUUGCCUCUUGCAGUGCAGCUCAGCUCUCAGGCAGAGGAGCCAUGGUGUUCUAACCCUGGCUACAGCAGCGAUAGUGAAGAUAGCCUGUGCAGAAUCGAACAUGCUCCGCUAGACCACUUUCCUUUUCCCUUACAGUCCAAGCCUGUGGAUUUGUCAGAGGUAGACAGCGAUAAGCUACCUGAGGAGUGUAAGAGCACAGAACCCUCAACCAUAACAGUCAGUGCUGAGAUCAACUAUGUGGUAAAUUCUGAUGUCACUGUUGUAUAGCAGCAGAUGUUUUAAGCCAGAUAAAACCACUGAUCUCUCAUUUAUCUCUCAACUUUCAGCUCAUGUCAGCAGCUGUGUAUAAGCCCAAAAAUGACAAAAAGCACAGAAACUCGAUCACUUUCAGUCUCUGUGCGUCAAUCUGUAAACCACAGCUUUAAGUGUGAGCAUGUAUUACAUCACUUGACUGUAUAUGAUGUAUGUCAUUGUAAAAUACUUUUCUUGAUGAAAUAUUACAGUUGUUUUGUAUGAAACCAAAAUGUUUAAUGCAGUAUUUAUAAUGUUAAGUGUAGUAUUGUUAAUUUCCCAUAAUGAUGUAAACUCAUUUUCGUCUAUCCAUAUUCAGUAUAUAAUUUAAACUCACUAAUUCAUAGACUUAACUAACAAAUAAGUAAUUUAUUAUCAAACAUAGAUUACAGAAACAACUCAAAACCAAUAAUCUACCUUGAUGCAAUGGGCAAGCCAUAAUUACUAUAAAUAAGAUACUGUACAAUAGGCAUAUGUUUUGUGCAAUAAAUAGACAAACAAUUCUUCCCAAGAAAAGGAAGAUAUUUUAUAUCUAAAAUGUAUGUUAAAAAGAUGCAUUAAUACACACACAAGCACUUUUUAAUUUUAUUUUAGUCACCCAGUCUUUUUAGAAACAAGUCCAUUAUCAUGGCACAUCUUGACUUUAAAUAUUUUCCCACUCUUUCUUGCAAAAACAUUUUAGAUAGAUGAGAAUUGUUGAAUUGAUGACAGCUGUAUAAUAUUUAUUUUUGAACAUGACAUUGUGAUUGGUUCAUUCUGAAAACAGCAAUAUCCCCAGUGCAUACUAUUGCAACCAGGUUAUUGUAACUUUUUGCCCCCUAAACUGUUUGCUUUUCACUGAAUUUGUAUGUGCUGUAUUUUCACAUUGAGGAUGGAAAA